ACGGCGCGCGGGUUGAUGGGAAGGUCGUGGAUACUGUUGCUUCCGGCUUUGAAACUGGAAGAAUUACAUAUGGAACACUUGGAAUAUGCUCCUGAGGAACUUAGUCUGAACCCUUUCCAAGGGGUCAAAGGAGAUGAUGGUGGAGCCACACCAGUACAGGAUGAGCGUGAUUCAGGAUCAGACAUGGAAGAUAACAGAAAUGAACAACACUCUGGAUCAGAGAAUGGAAGCAUAGGACAACAUUCAGAGAAUGAACUUAGUGAUGGGGAAGAUGACAGACAAACUCUAGAACAUCCCAUGACAGACUCAGAAAAUGAAGAUACACCGGGACAGAAACAUAGUGAUUCAGAAAAUGAGGAUGCCGUUAAUCAUAAUGGCAGUGACUCAGAAAAUGAAGGGGUUGAUGGAGAGAAAGACAGUGACUCUGAUAUGGAAGAUAAUCCUGUUCAACCUGCCAGUGACUCGGAGAAUGAGGAUGCUGUAAAUAAUCAGGCCAGUGAUUCUGAGAUAGAGGAGCCUCUGAAGGGCCAUGGCAGUGAAUCUGAAAAUGAGGAACCUCCGAAAAACACGGGCAGUGAUUCUGAACAUGAGAGUGUGCAUAAAAGGCAUGGAAGUGAUUUAGAAAAUGAAGAGCCUCAGAAACAUCCAGCCAGUGACUCGGAAAUUGAGGAGCAUGCAAAAAACCAUGACCCUGAUUCAGAAAAUGAGACAGUGCAAAAACCUCUUGCCAGUGACUCUGAAAAUGAGGAGCAAAAGGUCCAGUCCAGUGACUCUGAAUGUGAAGAUCCCCCCAGAAAUAAAAAGAACAUAGAGGUAGGUGAUAGUGAUGGAGAAAAUAAGAAGGAAGAGGAACUGGUGAAUAGCGCCCAGCUUUCAGAUAGUGAUGUUGGAAAGAGGCUACAUGGCUUUGACAGUGAAGAAGAAGGAAGUCCCAAAAAACAGAAGAUAGACAGUGAUGAAGAAGAUGGAAAAGAGGAGGAGAAAUUGGCCAAAAGGAAAGCUGUUGUGCUCUCUGAUAGUGAAGAUGAAGAAAGAACACCUGCAAAAAAGAGCCGUGUUAUCUCUGAUGGUGAUGAAUCAGAUAGUGAUGCUACCACAGGGAAAUAUGAAAAGCAAAAGAAAUCUAUCGCUUCUGAUAGCGAGGAAGAUGAUGAUAAGGAUGACAGUGGAAAGAAGAAAGAAGAAAAAGAUCUUUUUGGAAGUGACAGUGAGUCAGGAAAUGAGCAAGAAAACCUCAUAGCAGAUAUAUUUGGAGAAUCUGGAGAUGAGGAAGAAGAGGAAUUUACAGGAUUUAACCAAGAGGAUUUGGAAGAGGAGAAAGCAGAAAGAAAAGAAGUAGCAGAAGAAUCAGAUUCUGAUGACAAUAUCAGAAGAGGAAAACAUAUGGACUUCAUGUCAGAUUUUGAUAUGAUGUUACAACGGAAAAAGAGCAUGAGUGGCAAACGCCGGCGCAAUCGUGAUGGCGGGACAUUCAUUAGUGAUGCCGACGAUGUAGUCAGUGCUAUGAUCGUUAAGAUGAAUGAAGCCGCAGAGGAGGAUAGACAGUUGAAUACACAGAAGAAACCAGCACUAAAGAAGUUAACUUUACUUCCAACUGUAGUCAUGCAUCUUAAAAAGCAGGACUUGAAGGAAACUUUCAUUGACAGUGGUGUAAUGUCAGCCAUCAAAGAGUGGCUUUCUCCAUUACCAGAUCGGAGUCUUCCUGCCCUGAAAAUUCGAGAGGAGCUUUUGAAGAUUUUGCAAGAGUUACCUAGUGUGAGCCAAGAGACCUUAAAACACAGUGGGAUUGGAAGAGCAGUGAUGUAUCUCUACAAACACCCAAAGGAAUCACGGUCCAACAAGGAUAUGGCAGGAAAGCUAAUUAAUGAAUGGUCCCGGCCCAUUUUUGGUUUAACAUCAAACUAUAAGGGAAUGACCAGAGAAGAAAGAGAACAGAGAGAUCUGGAGCAGAUGCCUCAACGAAGGCGAUUGAGCAGCUCUGGUGGUCAGACACCUCGCAGAGACUUGGAGAAAGUAUUAACAGGAGAGGAAAAAGCUCUCCGACCUGGUGAUCCAGGAUUUUGUGCUCGUGCCAGAGUUCCAAUGCCCUCCAAUAAGGAUUAUGUAGUGAGGCCAAAAUGGAAUGUGGAAAUGGAGUCCUCUCGGUUCCAGGCAAGUUCCAAGAAAGGGGUCAGUCGCCUGGACAAACAGAUGCGGAAGUUCACAGACAUCAGGAAAAAAAGCAGAACAUCCCAUGCUGUAAAAAUCAGCAUCGAAGGAAAUAAAAUGCCAUUGUGACCUUCCGCAGAAUCACCUUUGAUGACUCCUGUAUAGACUCUCAGAAGAUGUCCACAUUUUUUUAAGAAACAAACUUUGGGGGUUUUAAGUGCAUCUUCAAAUUGUUGGUUCAGCUGAUUGUAAUACAUGUAGAGUUAUGAACCCUGGGACAUUGUUCAUUAUGGUUUUAUUUAACCCUGACUUCUCGUCUCCUUUGUACAGACAAAACCUUGUAUUGCUACAAAUCUCGUACAUUAAAAUCUGUUUCUGAGGUGG